AUGGCAUGUACCACAGGUUGCAGAACAGUUCGUGUCUGGCUGAAGAGAGACAGUGGGCAGUACUGGCCCAGCAUAUACCAUGCAAUGCCAUCUCCAUGUUCAUGCAUGUCUUUUAACCCGGAAACCAGAAGGCUGUCCAUAGGUCUAGACAAUGGUACAAUCUCAGAAUUCAUUUUAUCUGAAGACUACAACAAAAUGACGCUAGUGAAAAGUUACCAGGCUCAUCAGAGCAGAGUUAUGAUGAUUCUGUUUGUCCUGGAGAUGGAGUGGGUGCUGAGCACUGGACAAGACAAGAACUUCACGUGGCACUGCUCGGAGAGCGGGCAGCGGCUGGGAGGGUAUCGCACCAGCGCAGGCGCCUGUGGCCUGCAAUUUGAUGUGGAAACCAGGCAUGUGUUUGUUGGUGAUCAUUCUGGCCAAGUGACCAUACUCAAACUAGAGCAAGAGUCUUGCAGCCUGGUUACAACAUUUAAGGGGCACACGGGUGGUGUCACUGCUCUCUGUUGGGACCCAAUACAGCGAGUUUUAUUCUCAGGCAGUUCUGAUCAUUCCAUCAUCAUGUGGGAUAUUGGAGGAAGAAAAGGAACCGCUAUCGAGCUGCAAGGACAUAAUGAUAAAGUCCAGUCUCUCUCCUAUGCUCACCAUACUCGGCAGCUCAUCUCCUGUGGUGCAGAUGGGGGAAUUGUCGUCUGGAACAUGGAUGUUGAGAGGCAAGAGACCCCCGAGUGGCUGGAUAGUGACUCCUGUCAAAAAUGUAACCAGCCUUUCUUCUGGAACUUCAAGCAAAUGUGGGACAGUAAGAAGAUAGGCCUCAGGCAGCACCACUGCCGGAAGUGCGGGAAGGCCGUGUGCGGCAAGUGCAGCUCCAAGCGCUCCUCCAUCCCCCUGAUGGGCUUCGAGUUCGAAGUCAGGGUCUGCGACAGCUGCCACGAGUCUAUAACAGACGAGGAACGGGCACCCACAGCUACGUUCCAUGACAGUAAGCACAACAUUGUUCACGUGCACUUUGAUGCCACCAGGGGAUGGCUGUUGACCUCGGGAACAGACAAGGUUAUCAAGCUGUGGGAUAUGACACCAGUAGUGUCUUGAUGGUACGUCAGUGGAACCUGGAAGGUGGUAUUUACAGAAGAAGCAGAUUUCCUAACCCUAAUCAUACUGCAGAAGAUAGGUAAUGCUGGCCACAUGUGGCAGAUGGGAAAGGAACUAACAGGUUUACAAUGAUUUUUACAUCCUCUGCUUGAUCAAGGCUGAGCAUUUGCACGAAGACUCUUUCCACUUACUCUCAAAAUACACAAGAAGCUAUUUUUUUAACUAAUGGUUUGUACCAUCUGACUUCAGUUGUCUUGAGUUUGGAAAAUCUGUAUGCAGUGCAAUUUUCAGGUUUUUUUUUUAAUUUCACUAUGUCAAGAUAGUUGCUGCUUUGUACAGAGGGUUCUUG